CGCAACUCUUAGUGCAACAAGUUGUACAUACGUAUGUAUGUAUCUUGCAUCGAUCUUUUGGAUACUUGCCUAUAUGUCCUUGCGCCGUGGAAUAGAUAUAGUCGUGAAAAAUGGCUGGUUUAAAAGGAAUAAGACAAUUAUCGACUAAAAUAUCAACUUCAAAUUCCUCUAGUUCUCUUGCUAGUCAAAAUUCUGCUACACUCUUUGAUAAAUGGCGUGAAUUCAUAAAACCUAUAGCACUGAAGAAAUGGAUACCUGGAAUGUACCCUGAAACAGAGGAAGAACGAAAGGCAGCUGCAGAAAAAUAUGGUUUGCAUCCAUAUGAAUAUAAACCUUAUCCAAAUGAUGAGCAUAGUGUUGGAGAUUAUCCAGAAUUACCACAGCUUAGUGUUGAAGCUCAAGACCCCUAUUAUCCAUGGGAUUUCCCUGCUUCAAGAAGGAAUUAUAAUGAACCUGUACAUAGACAUUUUGACAUAAUGGGACCAGAUCACGUUGCUUAUGGUGUUCGUACACGAGAGGAUUAUCACAAAUGUGCUCUAAUAUUUGUAGGCCUGAUUGUUUCCUAUUUAGUUUUCUCGCUGCACACAGUAGAUACAAAACCUGCUUUCGCAGAAAAACAGUAUCCUGGAAAAGGAAAGGUACAUUAUACUUUUGAACCUGCGAAGUGAAACUGUAAAUACCAACUAUGUAGUUGAAAAUAGG